UCACCACAUGCGGCUUAAACCCAAACCAAAAACAAGGCGACAGGAAAAGAAGUGAGCAUGACGAGUGAGGGGGUUUCAGCGCUGAGCGGGGAGGAGGAGGAGGAGGAGGAGGAGGAGGACACAGCUCUGGGUUAUUACGACGAGGAAGACAACCUGGAGGUGUUUUCAGACGCGGAGCUGGGCUGUGAGGACGGAGUGUUUGGCUUCAGUGAUUCUCUGAAUGGAGAGGUCAAACCACGUAUACUGUUGAUGGGCCUGAGAAGGAGUGGGAAGUCCUCAAUCCAGAAGGUGGUUUUCCAUAAAAUGUCGCCCAAUGAGACCCUGUUCCUGGAAAGCACCAAUAAAAUCUGCAGAGAGGACGUCUCCAGCUGCUCCUUCGUCAGCUUCCAGAUCUGGGACUUCCCUGGCCAGAUCGACUUCUUCGACCCCACCUUUGACUAUGAAAUGAUCUUCAGAGGCACCGGAGCCCUAAUCUUUGUCAUCGACUCACAGGAUGACUAUGUGGAGGCUCUGAGUAGACUGCAUCUCACAGUAACCAGGGCCUACAAAGUCAACCCAGACAUCAACUUCGAGGUGUUCAUUCACAAAGUGGACGGCCUGUCAGAUGACCAGAAAAUCGAGAAGCAGAGAGACAUUCACAAACGAGCCAACGAUGACCUUGCGGAUGCAGGCCUGGAACGGAUACACCUGAGCUUCUAUUUAACCAGUAUCUACGAUCACUCCAUAUUCGAGGCGUUCAGUAAAGUGGUCCAGAAACUUAUUCCACAGCUGCCCACGCUAGAAAACCUGCUCAACAUCUUCAUAUCUAACUCCGGUAUUGAGAAGGCCUUCCUGUUCGAUGUGGUCAGUAAGAUUUACAUUGCCACAGACAGCAGUCCAGUGGAUAUGCAGACAUAUGAACUGUGUUGUGACAUGAUCGAUGUGGUCAUUGACAUCUCCUGCAUCUAUGGUCUGACAGACAGUGAAGCUAGUUUACCCUAUGACAAGGAGUCUAUGGCCAUCAUCCACCUGAACAACACUACAGUCAUGUACCUGAAGGAGGUCACCAAGUUCCUGGCCAUAGUCUGCUUCCUCCGCAAGGAAAGCUUUGAGAGAAAAGGACUGAUUGACUACAAUUUCCACUGCUUCAAGAAAGCCAUCCAGGAGGUUUUUGAUGUUCGAGUAAAGGUUCAACAUAAUCGUAAACUUCUGAGUCAGAGGAGAUGGAGCAACAAUGGAGUGCUCAGCAACCCCCACUGAAAACUGAUGACAUCACGUCACAUCAGAAAGCCAAAUGUACCUGAGUUGCACCCUGAAAAAUCCCAGAGACUCAUCCUCAUUCAGAUGUUCCUCUGAAUGAGGAUGGAGUCUCCUGAAUUUGUUUGAUUGUGUUUUUUCAUCUUGCUGAGAAUCGUUCCACAAUCCACACCAAAUCCAGCCUCUAUGGUGUCUGUCCUCAGAAGCAGUUGUCUGUCAGCAGGGGGGAUGGAAUGCAACAGCUUGUUAGCAACACAACAGACUUAACAAUUAAUAGAACAGAACAUGUGUUAAGAUAAGCACUGCGAGGAAGUUUGUUACAGCAUAAUUUCAAUUUCAAAAUAACUGCCUGCGGGUUUGAUAGUCUUUUGUACUCUUUUUGCUCCAUUCUGUCAACUGCUUACUGCCUGUCCCUAAUCAAGUCGUCUACUGUACAGGACAAAUGAUGACAAUGCUUGUCCCAGUGUCGCAAUUUCAGUGAUGUAUAUCCGAAAUGUUCUGGUUUGUUAAAUGCUAUAGAAAAAAAUGCAGAAUAUAUAACAUAAACCUUACAGGUUCCUUCAUGUUCACGCUUCGGGUUACGGUCGUUAAGUUCCUCUAGGAGAAAAGGCCUAAUUGCAAGUCUUGAGUCAUGUGCUUAUUCAGAUAUGUUUUUCAUUGCUGUUGAAACAUAAUUUUUAUGAAUUAAAAAGAGAUUUACAGGUCAAAUAAAAGAUUAAUAAUCAAA